UGAUGCGAGUUCCUCGGAAACCGGACAUCUGUAGUAGGUGGUUCUUAAACCUUUGCUGUUUGUCGAACUGCUCGCUUUCCUUUUGUUCAUCUCUCUGGACGACAUACUUAAAGCUGCCGAAAAGUAAAAACUAAUGGCUUUUUAUCAACAACAGCCGUUUUACAACCCGAAAGUCCCAUUCACUGGCCAGAUUCAGGGAGGCCUGCAAGAUGGAAAGAGCAUUAUCAUAAGUGGACGGGUUUUACCUGGGGCUAACAGGUUUCAUGUGAACCUUCAGUGUGGUACUCAUUCCGGGGCUAAUAUUGCUCUGCACUUCAAUCCACGCUAUGACAACCCUGUGUGUGUGGUGCACAACAGCCUCCAGAACGGGUCUUGGGGCUCAGAGGAACGCAAAUAUGAAUCUCCCUUCCCCCAGGGCCAAACAUUCACCCUCCAGAUCCUUGUCGAGCAGGGCCUAUACAAGAUAUCUACUAAUGGCAGGCACUUCAUGGACUAUAGACACCGCAUUCCAUACUCUCAGGUGAACGCCAUCUCAGUGGGAGGAAUGGUGGAGUUGAACUCCGUUGCUUUCCAGAAUCCUGCGCCCUAUGUACCUGCACAACCAGCCUUUCCGAGUUAUAUGGCACCUCAAGUAGGAUUUCAGCCUCAGUAUGGUGUACCUCCAGCAUGUGGGUUCCCGGCAUACCCAUCGGCACCCAACUAUACUAUCCCGUACAAAACCGUGAUCAAUGGUGGACUUCACCCUGGCAAAAACAUUGUCAUCAGUGGAGUUGUCAACCCCAGUGCUAACAGAUUAACAUUUAACCUGCGCUACAGAAGUGGGAUUGCAUUUCAUUACAAUCCUCGUUUCGAUGAGAAUGUGGUUGUGCGCAACACCAAUCAGAUGGAGAGGUGGGGUCCAGAGGAACGGUUCGGAGGCUUGCCGUUUCAAAGAGGACAACCUUUUCAGGUCACCAUCUCCUGCAAUCCCCAUCAUUACAAUGUGUUUGUCAAUGGCCAACAAGCACACACCUACAAACAUCGCUACACACAGCUGAACGACAUUGAUAUUUUGGAGAUUACUGGAGAUCUGCAGCUGACUUUAGUGCAGGCUUAACAGGGAUUCGGAAGUUUAAAUUCUAAGCCACUUUUUAAAAAAGAAAGAUAAGUGAAAGGAUUGGUAAUUGUUAAAAGUAGCUGCUUUGAAAUACAGAAAAAAAUGGUUGAACAUGAACAGGAUUGUGAUUUUGCUAUUUUAAAUGAACAUAAAUGAGUUUUACUAUUUUUGACUUUCUGUACAAUUCUUUAUUAUGUGCAUAUUAUGUGUAUUGCAGUAUAUAGUUGCCUAUAGAUGCAGAUGGACUGUCUAGGUGGCCACACAGCAGAUUAGCUGAUGACAUGUUAUCAGAGAAGGAGGUGGAGAAAAUACAGCAGUUUACAAAGAGGCACUUAGAACCCAAGCAUGUGACUCUGAAUGAGAACACCACUAAAACCCUCUGCGAUAAACACCUAUUUCUAUAUAACCGACCUGAAACUCUUAUUACUCUUGCUGCAUGUUUAAAUUAAUAAACUACUAAAACAAAAAAUAAACAUGUUAUAAAAUAUCAAAAUAUUCUAAAGAAUGUUCCUGUCCAAAUGAUCAUGAAUUAUGUCAAGUAAAGAAAAGUUAGUGUGUUUUUAUUCAAAAUAGUGAAAGGGAUGGUACUGUUGAUGAUUACAUUUUUACAGCAUUUUUGGCAUUUCCCAAAAACCAGCAUCGAUAAGCAGUUGCUUAUCUCCAAAAAUGCAAUACAUUUUUUUGUUUUUAGCAUACAUCUAUUGGUUAAUCGUGAUUUGUUACUUAAAUUGUAUUUUAGAUGUAUUCACUCAGCCCCUUUUAUAUGCUUGCUUGCUAUACUGUAGAUUAUAGAUGCCUAAUGUGCAGACAACUUGAUUGUCAAAAUGCAAAAAAGGUCUGAAAUGUAAAGUUAUAUUUCAAUCAAAUGUAUCAAAUAUCAUACAGUCAUUGUAUAACAUUUCUACCUAUUUUAUAUAAAUAUCCUUACUGUCUCUGCUGACAUUACAUUUAAGCUAAGGUGACAGUAGAGGUCCAUCAGAGGAUCGCUGUGGUAUUUCAAUACUGUGAAUUUCAUUAUGUAUCAACCUCUAUGUGCAUGUUUAAAAACAAUAAAGACAAUUUUUGUUGUUG